AUUUUUGGCUUUUCAAUCAAACCCUAGAGAGCAAGAGAACGAGAGAGAGAGAGAGAGAGAGAGCAAAGAGAAGCCAUCAUCAGAAAUGGCGAUGAAGAAUCUACUGUCCCUAGCUCGCCGAUCUCAGAGGCGUUUGUCUCUGAAUCAAGUCACACGAUCCUCCUCUUCGUUUUCAGCUAUCGAUUCGGCGCCGGCUUCCACAUCUCCGGCGACCCCAUCCCCGCCGCCGCCGCAUCUGAUGCCAUACGAUCACGCCGCCGAGCUUAUUAAAAAUAAGAUCAAGAAGCUCGAGAAUCCGGAUAAGAGGUUCCUUAAAUACGCAUCGCCAAUUCCGAUCCUUGCUUCCCACAAUCACAUCUUGUCAGCUCCGGAGACCCGUGUCACCACCUUGCCCAAUGGGCUCCGAGUGGCUACUGAGUCCAAUCUCUCGGCCAAGACCGCCACCGUUGGAGUCUGGAUCGACGCUGGAUCUCGGUUCGAGUCAGAUGAGACCAACGGCACUGCUCAUUUUCUGGAGCAUAUGAUUUUCAAAGGCACGGGGAAACGUACUGUGAGGGCGUUGGAGGAAGAGAUCGAAGAUAUUGGUGGUCAUUUGAACGCUUAUACAUCGAGGGAACAGACCACAUACUAUGCCAAGGUCAUGGAUUCGAAUGUGAACCAAGCUUUGGAUGUGUUGGCUGAUAUCUUACAGAAUUCCAAGUUCGAGGAAGAUAGAAUCAACCGGGAACGAGAUGUGAUCCUCAGGGAAAUGCAAGAGGUAGAGGGACAAACAGAUGAAGUGGUUCUUGACCAUUUACAUGCUACUGCAUUCCAAUAUACACCCCUUGGAAGAACUAUUCUGGGGCCUGCUCAGAACGUUAAGUCGAUCACCAGAGAGGACCUACAGAACUACAUUAAGACUCACUACACAGCUUCCAGGAUGGUGAUUGCUGCUGCAGGAGCCGUCAAUCAUGAGGAAGUUGUUGAGCAAGUGAAGAAGCUAUUUACCAAGUUGUCAUCUGAUCCAACAUCUACUUCCCAACUGGUUGCCAAUGAACCUGCUAGUUUUACUGGUUCUGAGGUCCGAAUGAUUGAUGAUGACCUACCCCUUGCACAAUUUGCUGUUGCCUUUGAGGGAGCAUCUUGGACAGAUCCAGAUUCGGUUGCGCUUAUGGUUAUGCAAACCAUGUUGGGUUCUUGGAACAAAAAUGUUGGUGGGGGAAAACACGUGGGUUCUGACCUGACCCAGAGGGUUGCCAUUAAUGAAAUAGCAGAAAGCAUAAUGGCAUUCAACACCAACUACAAGGAUACUGGACUGUUCGGCGUGUAUGCAGUUGCUAAGGCCGAUUGCUUGGAUGAUCUAUCAUAUGCCAUUAUGUAUGAGGUAACCAAGCUGGCCUACCGAGUUUCAGACGCUGAUGUGACACGUGCACGGAAUCAGCUGAAAUCGUCAUUGUUACUUCACAUGGAUGGAACUAGCCCAAUUGCUGAAGACAUUGGUCGUCAGCUCCUGACCUAUGGGCGUAGAAUCCCAAUCGCUGAACUCUUUGCUAGGAUUGAUGCUGUUGAUGCCAGCACGGUAAAACGUGUUGCCAACAAAUAUGUGUAUGACAAGGUAAGACAUUGCGAUCUCAGCCAUCGGUCCCAUCCAAGACUUGCCAGACUACAACAAGUUCAGACGCAGAACCUACUGGAACCGUUACUAAGGCUCUGAAAUAACAGUCACAGAACCACAAGAUUUGCCCACGGGGAGAUUCCGCAGGCGGAGAGAGCAGAACAAAGCUAUGAUGGAUUCAUUAUUUUUGAGUUUUUCUUACUGUAUCUUCAUAAUUUCCCAUCAUCGCUGGUAAAAUAAGUGUACCAAUUUACUCUUUAUCACCCUCUACUGGAAAAUGCUAGAGAUCCUCUGUUUUAAUUUUUUGUUCUCUUCAUAAUUUUCCCAUACACACACUAAUAAGUUGUUGGAAAUUUGAAUUGUAUGCA